AUGCACUAUCUCCAGCACAUGCAGGGCGAAGAACUCCGAUCAUUCAAAGCAGGUUUCGAAUACCAAGCGUGGAAGGUUUCCGAAGAAGCCCAGAUCCUGCUUUUGUGGGGCUACAAUAACAAUAGCAUCCUGCAGGAAGUCGAAUGCUGGCUAUCCCCCAUAGCGACGUCUACGAUACACGAGCUUAGCCAGAACGGGUGCUACUUGGCUUACGAUAUCGUGAUAGAUGGAAAGCGCGCCCAUGAAGUUCUCUCUUUAAUUCUUCUUCAACUUCUGAGAUUCAAGAGUGAUACUCUAAAUGAUGAAAACCAAUACUCAGAGUUGAGUGGAGACCUAGAAACAUACCGUCUUUUCGGCGGUGAAGGCAAACAUUCAAACGAGAACAGCGAAGCGGAACUCAAUGUCCUGCAGAAUAUCGCAGCACGAAUCAUAGGUUUCUUUGAGCCUUCCGAAAUAGUUUACAUUGUCAUCGAUAGGGUGGACCGAUGUUCACGGAAUCCACCGAAUCAUCGAAAAGCGUUGUUGGAUGCGUUGGUCAAAAUGGUAGAAGCUGCAGAUUGUAAGCUGAAGGUUCUAACCGUGAUCAAUGGAUACGAUUGGGACUCGCGUUAUUAUGACCUUGAAAAUAGGAGGGGUAAAAGGUGUGUUAUGGAACAGGCGUUGAAGUUCUGA